CCCCCCUCAAGGCGCGUGUUCCCUCCGGAGAAACAUUCUCUGCCCUCAAAGGAGCCGGGCGGCGGCAGCCUCGCGCAUGCGCUUCUGAAGGGAGGGGGCCAGUCAGUGAGUGGGGCGCGGGACGUUGUACGCUUGCGCUCCGGGGCGCCCGCCCGCGGCGACUCGGCGCAUGCGCCUCCCCCGCCCUUGCGAGUGCGCGGAGGGGAGGAGGCUGUGGUCGUUGUCCGCCUGCGCGCGCCGCUGCUCCCUCUGGCGGCGCCCCAGGGCCCGGGCACUCUCUCGGCGAAGGUUCCGGAGCCUGCGCUCGCCUCCGCCUCGCGCCCGCGGCCCCCCUCCCCCCGCCCUCGCCCGGGCGCGCGCGCUCUCCUGUCACUCCCCCUCCCCCCUCCUCCCGGCUUCGCUGCGCGUCUCCAGCGAGCUCCCCCUGCAGCAGCCGCAGCGGCAGGCUGAAGAUCCCAAGAACACUGGAGCUGAAGAGCCUGGUCUUCAGGCUAACAGGGAGAGUCUGCAUAUGAAAGAUUGUACCCAACCUGCAGUAUCCAGUGGGAUAACUUUUGCAACAGGAUGGCUGAGCAACGUCAGGAUUUCAAUAUGAUGGAAGACCAUUCGAUGAGCCAAGCUAAGCAGAUCCCAUCAGGCUAUCCCCUGCAGAUACCAGUUGACGAUGGAUCAGAUGAGCCCAUUUCCGAGACCUCUGACGCUAAGAGCACCCCGACUAUGGAAGAUGCCACAGCGCCCUUAGUGGAGGAGAGAGCACAUGAGGAUCGGAUUGCAGCUCGGCAGCAUGUGGAGAUACCCGAAGGAACCACAGCUGAGGAAGCAGGUGUGGGAGCUACUCCUAACCUGGAGGAUCAAGCUGCAGGAGAUGGUGCUCAAGAAGAGCUGAGCUCCCCAAGGCUAUGGGAGAGUGUGGAACCUGGAAUUCAGGAGCACGUGGCAAGUGAGAUUCAGCCAGAAAAACAAGCAGCUCGUAUUGACAGUAAAGACAAAGAUGGAACUGAUACUGAAGAGAAAAAGCCUAAGACAUCCACACCUUCCUCUGCCAAACCCCUGAAAGAUAGAUCCUCCAUUACCCCCCAACGACCCUCCUCUGUUAGUACAACCCCUUUGAAAAACCCCUCCAGUCCUGCUGAGUCCUCAGUACCAGCUUCCACUCCUAAACGAGUCUCUUCUAUCACAUCCCGACCUGCCAGUACAGGAACGAAAGAAACAAAGCCAAAGGGUCCGGAGAUGAAAAGCGGAAUGAAGAUGGCUGCUCCCAGGUCUGCAACACAGCCUCAGAAAAGCCCAGCCAACGCUACCCGGAUCCCGGCAAAAACGCCCACGGCCCCCAAGACGCCUCCCAAUGCUGCUGGCAGGAAGGAGCAGAGAAAGCCGCCUACCACAGCAGCAAAAUCUGACAAAGGUGAACCAGCGAAGUCUGGAGACAGAAGUGGUUACAGCAGCCCUGGCUCACCCGGCACCCCCGGCAGCCGUUCCCGCACGCCCUCCCUGCCAACUCCCCCGAACAGGGAGCCCAAGAAGGUGGCAGUGGUUCGCACGCCACCGAAAUCCCCUGCUUCUGCCAAGAGCCGCCUGCAGACGUCUACCGCCCCCAUGCCUGAUCUGAAAAACGUCAGGUCCAAGAUUGGUUCCACUGAAAACCUGAAGCACCAGCCAGGAGGUGGAAAGGUGCAGAUAAUGAAUAAGAAGCUGGAUCUUAGCAACGUUCAGUCCAAGUGUGGCUCAAAGGAUAAUAUCAAACACAGUCCAGGAGGAGGCAGUGUGCAAAUUGUUUACAAGCCUGUAGACCUGAGCCGUGUGACAUCCAAGUGUGGUUCCUUGGGCAACAUUCAUCAUAAACCAGGUGGUGGCCAGGUGGAGGUGAAAUCGGAGAAACUGGACUUCAAAGAGAAGGUGCAGUCGAAAAUUGGGUCAUUAGAUAACAUCACCCAUGUCCCUGGAGGAGGGAAUAAAAAGAUCGAGUCUCACAAGCUGACCUUCCGCGAGAAUGCCAAAGCCAAGACUGACCACGGAGCCGAAAUCGUCUACAAGUCCCCCACCAUCUCCGGAGAUGCCUCCCCCCGUCGCCUUAGCAAUGUCUCCUCCACCGGCAGCAUCAACAUGGUGGACUCCCCCCAGCUGGCCACACUAGCUGACGAAGUGUCUGCUUCCCUGGCCAAGCAGGGCUUGUGAUCGCCUGGCCGUGGGCGGAGAGAAGAGAAGAAAAGAAAAAUCAAUCUGGCCUUCUUCCUCUGUUCCUUUUACAACUACUCCCCCCACCCUCUGCCCCCCAAAUGGGUAACGAUUUAACCUACUUUUACUGUCCAUUCAGCUCUGGCUCCAGGACUUCAAAAUCAGUAACAGCAUUAGAUACAAACCCUCCUCUUCCCCAGGUGAUCUUAACGCAGUAGAAAGGAACCUGAUCACCCCCACUCCCCCAAGGGAGUUUGGUUUCUGGAGAGGUUGGUGCUGCUUAAAUUUAACGUCAAGGUACAAGCCUGUUCCCCUAGCGCCAUCUCAGUCAGACUGAUCCCCAGCCCGCCAAAGAUACCGUGAGCCCGGCAUCUCCCCACCUCUAACAUCAUCCCCGGUUGCUUUCCAGCACCCGCCCACCCACCCCCUGCUUAAAACAUGUUGAAUUGUCCCAGCAAUUUCCUGGGAGCAGACCGCCCCCUGCUGGGGAGCAUGGGGCACUGCACUCACCACGGAAAUCUCAUGUGUGCAGUGUUGUAGCCGUGUCGUUCCCAGGAUAUGAGACACCAGGAUGGGUGAGGUAAUAGCGUUUAUUGGACCAGCUUUGGUUGGUGAGAGACACAAGCGUUAGAGCCACACAGCGCUCUUCCCUCCGGUCUGGGAAAGUACUUGGUGUCACAGCUGAGUAACUGCGAGCACCUUUCCUGGACCCGAGGAAGAGCUCGAUGUAGCUGGAAAAUGUCUCUCUCCCACCGCCAGAAGCUGGUCCAGUAAAAGCUAGUACCUCACCCGCUUGUGUGUCUGAUGAAAAUCUCAGACUAGUUAAUACUAUGUAGAAACCCAGAGACAGUCUGGGAGUCCACCCACCUUCCCCAGGGACUUCUUGGGGAGGGAAUGUGACAGCAACACCCCUUUUCUCCCCCGGAAUUUGGCCCCAAAGCUACUUGGAUUCCAGGUCACAGGCUGGGACCCAGGAUCCAACUCUCUCUCCUCUAAUUAAAAGGCACCAGCGUUAUUCCUUAUACCCAGCAAAACUGACUUUCAGGUCCUGGGAGCCCACAGCUUCCCGACACUCGAAGCGAGUGGCACGUCCCGAAGGGGGGAGGACUAGUAGCCACGGCAAACUCGCUGUUCUCAGAGCUGCUUCCUUGGUCUAGGCAAGGAGCUCGCCUGCUCUCUGGUUUGACUAACGUGGUUUUAAGGCUCCUUCUUUUAACUCGUAUUAAUGACAACAGCUGGCGACUGUUUUCUCCCAGGCUGUUCCUCUUACAAAAGGAUUUCAGCCUUCAACCCAGGCUUCUAGGGGCAAGGCCUGCUCCCACCACAGCUCUUCUCCUGGGCUGAGGCCUCUUACCCUACUUCAUUUGAUGGCCUUGGGCAUGUAUCCAGUUCGCUGCCUCUUCCUCCUAUCCCACUCCCACGCAUGCCAACGUGUGUCCUGUGCACUGUGUGGUCUGGGGCGCAGUUCCUCUGCAAGGCAACUCCAUGCUGUAAACGCUGGGUGAGUGGGUUGGGGGACCUCUUGUAAGAAACAGUGGAGUGCCGGGGCCAUUCUGACCCAUCUGGAUUCCUAAGGAAUAGUGCGAGGCUGGGGCGAUGGCUGGAAUUUGUUCCCCUCCCUCAGUACCUGUAGCCUUUCUGUUCCUGCCAUGGUAUGAGGCUAAGGCCAUGCUUGUCUGUGUCUGUCUGACCAGUUGAUGUGGGCUUGAAUUCUCUGAGGCUGGCCACACAGAUUUCUCAACUUCUGUGUCCGUUUCUGAGAAGCUGCCUUAGCCGUUGCAAAGUGAAAGUUCUCUUGCCCUGAUGUGAGCUGAAUGAAUAGAGGACUUCCGUGUUCUGUGCUGUCUUCCAGUCGAAAAGGGAGACGCUUGAGUUAGACACGUCUGGGACAGCUAAGAGCUGCGGGAUUUGAAUUCUCCAUCUUGUUAGCGUAACAAUGCCUAGACUGAAGGCACGUUUCUUUGGUCAGAGCAAUGGAUAGAGGGUGGCAGAGCCACGGACAGAUGGAAAUAGCAUCACUAUUUCACCUAGUGAUUUUGGAAGAAAAUCUUUACGUCCAGGAGAUAGGAUGUGUAGAAAUUGGGCAUCCCUCUUCUCAAACCCAACUGCCUGCCCAUAAAUCCCUCCCACCCUCCCUUAUACUCCCAGGUGGCCCCUGCAUCCUUUAAGCUCCAAAAACUGGCUCCAUGCGGUGGUAAUGAUGACACUAGGGCCUAUCAAUUGAUUUAGCAAAGGGAUGCUCUUGAAGUGUGUCCCGGGUGGCCUGGUUUUGUCGGAGUGGUGCAUUUCAUGCUGGAGCUGUUGAGUAGAUGAGUCUAGGAUUUUUUCCUUUGGCAUCCCCUCGUGUUGUAUAGUGGGAUUUGUCUGUAUAUGCUUGGAAAUCACCAGGGUGAUGAUUGUUCUAUAAGCGUGUGUUGUAAAAUUCAGUAGGUAGGUUUUGAACUGCCCCCUGUGCUCAGUACUGAGCUAGAAUUCAGCCAAAGCGACUCUCGCUGUUGUCUGUUUAAUCAGAAAAGGGUGAGAGCAAAUCUGGCUACAGCCAGAGACAAAUGCAGUAGAACUGAACUGGGUCAGCACUGACCUGGUAGCAGCUCAGGAUGGGAAAUGUGUUUCCAGAAGCUGGAGGGUUCCGGCCCCGUGAGCUGUGUAUGUUUUCUGGGAAUUCGGCCUGCAAACGAGAAAGACGACUGUGGAAGUUGAUCAUGGAAGGUGAUUGCACUGCUUAGCUGGUGGAAUUGUCCUGCUAGAUAAUUGGAGGUGGUCAUUGAGCCCAGCCCUUCGUCCUGUGCAGGACUGGACCGUACGUGUCCUUGGAGGCUUUUUUCCAAUCUUCCUUAGAUGCCCCAGGGGGUGAGUCUGCCCUGGCUUCCUAUAGGUUAUUCCAUAACCACUGUCAGGAAAACCUUUCCCAAAGCCAGGUGCUGGCGUUAGCACCCGAGGGGGUAGGUAGUGGCGAUAGGAGUUCUGCCAGCCUGGUGGUGACUUUUCUCUGGAUCACAUUUCAACCCCUGAGUGCAUUUUAAUGGACGUUAAACUUUAAAAAGGAGGCAGAGCGGAUCCCCUCUUGUUCCACCCACAGGCCGCUCAGGAUAGAGUUCGGUGGAUUUUCAAAUCACAGAAGCCCUUGCAGUCCCUAGCACCCCUGUACUGCCCCUCCUUUGCAGAUGGAGAAAGGGAGGCAGGCUGGGAGGAGCGAUUUGCCCAAAGUGUCACACAGUCAUUGGGAUUAGAAUUUGGGGAGUGCGGGGGUCACACCCGUAAAGCCUUUGAUUUCACAGGAGCGACAUUUCCUCCGUUACCCAGCGACCCGCUGGUGGGAGAACCAGAGGGCAGCUCUGUUCCUUGUUCUGCAACUCCAGCUGCUAGUUCCCACCCUGUGCAAUGGCUGCCUUGAGGCUGUGGCCAUUGACAAAUGGUCUUUGAUCACAGGGCGCGUGGGCACAAGGCUGACACCCCAGUAGGGUGACCAGAGAGCAAAUGUGAAAAAUCAGGACGGGGGUGGGGAGUAAUAGGCGCCUAUAUAAGAAAAAGACCCAAAAAUUGGGACUGUCCCUAUAAAAUCAGGACAUCUGGUCACCCUGCUCCCCAGGGGCGUAAGCCAGAAGCAGCUUUAAUGUCUGGAAGUGGUGUGUUAGUCACAGCCUGUGGCUGCACCGUUAACCUGUGCAGAAGAUGGGCCGAGCUUCUCGGGGGUCUGUGCGAGCUUACCAGACCGUUCAUGCCCAGUGGUGUGAGUGCAGCGGCCAGGGCAUGAGACACUCAUUGCUAGACAUUUGGGGGGGGGGGGGGGUCUGUGAUACCAUGCACCUGGCUUGGGGGCUGUGCAUCAGAGGGUCACGGUCACACCCUAGCAGGAUGGGGCUGCCUGAAUUCUAGCUGGGGAUUAAAUGAAGUACCAGGGACCAGAGCUUCCUCGUUGAUAGCGGGGGGGUGUCUUCCCUUGAGCAAGGCUGAAUGAGGAAUUGUAAUUGGAAAAGAAAAUGCCAGGAAGUUGGGUGACUUCUUGGGCCUUUCAAGUGUCAAUUAUGGAAGAGUAGGUGAGCUGCUACCAGCCCUGCUGCCACCUUUGCACACUCUCCUCUUCUCCAAUGGCCACAGCGCCUGGCCGAGCAGCUCUGUCCUUCAAAGAAAACUGCCCUUCACAAUAAAAAGAGCUGAGUGCUGCUGGGCGGGGCCGGUGGAGCCCUGAAGUCAAGCGUUAGAUGCUUUGGGUUUGCACCCUUCUAACCCUUUGUUUUAGCCACUUGUUUACACAACCCUGAGUGCAGAUUAAGGUUAAAACAAGAAAAUAUCCGUCUCUUGCUGCUUUUGUUGCUAGGGCAACCUAUUCAGAACAAGCAUGAGGUCACUGGCCUUGGCUGCUGCUUGCCAGCCCUUCCCCUGCUCUGCAUGCAGUGCCUCCUAGCAACCUGCUGCACCAAAGAGGC